CCACACACAUGGCCUGCUACGACCUCUGCCGCCCCUGCGGACCCACCCCGCUGGCUAACAGCUGCAACGAGCCCUGUGUCAGGCAGUGCGAGGAGUCCCGCGUCGUCAUCCAGCCUCCCGCCGUGCUGGUCACCCUGCCAGGACCCAUCCUCAGCUCCUUCCCCCAGAGCACCGCCGUCGGCUCCUCCUCAUCAGCUGCCGUGGGCAACGUCCUCGGCUCCCAGGGAGUGCCCGUCUCUUCCGGCCGCUUCGGCUACGGCUACGGCUUUGGAGGCCUGGGCUGCUACGGCGGCGGAAGGGGCUGCUACCCCUGCUAAGGGCCCUGCCCACCACCCC